CACAAACACGUGCAAUCUUUGUAUAUAAAGCAGUGAAUAUCAGACGUUCAUUAUCAACUACAGUCCCUGUUUUUGGUGAAACAAUGAUGUCGUCUGUAUUGCUAUUCGUGACUCUCUGCAUGGUACUGAUGGAGGUUAUCCCAUCCUCUCAACUACCAGCUGAGGAUAAUGAAAUGUUCGCCUUCCAAGAUGGACAAUCAGGAGACGGGCCGCCUGGUAAAAGAGAUGUGAGUUUUGAUGGGCAAUCAGGAGACGGGCCACCUGGUAAAAGAGAUGUGAGGUUUGAUGGGCAAUCAGGAGACGGGCCACCUGGUAAAAGAGAUGUGAGGUUUGAUGGGCAAUCCGGAGACGGGCCACCUGGUAAAAGAGAUGUGAGUUAUGAUGGGCAAUCCGGAGACGGGCCACCUGGUAAAAGAGAUGUGAGUGAUGAAAUAGUUAACGGCAAAGGCAGACUGUUGUACGGAGAGGAUUGCUGGCCUCCGUCAUUGUGCAGAAGACGUUAGUACUGUAGCAGCUCAAGACUGGCCUUAUUGCAUUGCAGCUCUAAUCCAACUUAUGCUUGUUUUUUCUUAGCCUCAAUACUUGUACUUUGCGAUCAAUACUGUAUAAUCACGAUGAAGUUUUAUAGAAAUAGUUAACGACAACGGCAGACUGUUGCACGGAAAGGAUUGUUGGCCUCGGCCAUUUUGCUUACGACGUUAGAACUGUAGCAGCUCAAAAUUGGCCUUGAGUCGCAGCUCUAAGCCCACGUUCUGCUUGUUUGUAACUUUGACUUAGUCUAUAAACUGUGUGAAUAAUUCUGUUUAUGAA